AAUAGCCGACUUAACCCUUGGCCAGAAUUAUUGCAUUAAAAGAAAGAUACGUACAUGUUAGACGAGAUGAACACCUAACCUUGCAAAUGUAAGAAACUUUUCUCUGUGAUAUUACUUGUUAUUUUUCAAGAUCAUUAGCGUCAAGAGGUUAACUGCAUGGGAAAAUUCACACAAUAAGCACAUAUCAGUUAGGCGAUUCGAGUUGAAUUACUUGUUGUGAAUGUUCUAUUUCAGAAACAAUUUCUGCUAUAUUGUAAACAACAUGAACAAUACUACUAGCAAUCUCACCAACGAAACCUUCCCGGAAAAACACGAAUAUGAGACGUACGAAGAUUGUCCUCCGAUUGAGAAAAGAACAGCACUUGAAAAUGUUGUCAAGAUCACAGCAUACGUGGUGAUAAUGGCAAUCUCGUUGGUUGGUAAUAUCUUAAUAAUAUCUGUCACUCGACGCACUCGGAGCAUGCAAAAGGUCGCUUUUAAUUUUGUGGUGAACAUGGCCAUUGCUGAUCUUUGUACCACAAUCAUUAACAUGCCAGAGUCCCUAGCAGUUGAGAUACGCGAUUCAGAUGAAUGGAUGCCAGGCGACGUGGGGAUUGUGAUUUGCAAGCUUUUGCCUUUCUGCCAAGAGGUGUGUGCAUUCUGUUCCAUUCUUAGCCUGUUGGUGAUUGCACUGGACAGAUAUUUUGCUAUUUGUCUCCCUCUCAAGAGAAUUAUGACCAGAAGACUCUCGAAGAUUAUUAUUUUGAGUACCUGGCUGAUUCCUUGUAUAUCGAGCGCGCCCAUGAUCGUAGCAAACAACGUGGUGGAAAUAGAAGGACAACUCUACUGCGUUGAAAAAUGGCCAGCUCCAUUCGACGACGACAAAGCAUCGACGGAUUAUACCAUAAUUCUCUUUGCGUUGUUCUACAUGCUGCCUUUGGUUAUCAUAUCAACUCUGUACGGCUGUGUUAUUUAUAAAAUCUGGCGUAGAAAGACUCCUGGAAACCGCUCCUCACUGGCAAAUCGUCUUUAUUCUCGAAGCAGAAGAAAAGCAUUGAAAAUGUUCAUAGCAAUUGUCAUUUGUUUCGCACUUUGCUGGCUGCCAUAUCAUGUUUCAUUCUUUUUAAUGUCCUACGACGAGAAUUUCCAUUGUGGGCUUCCUAAAGAUCUCUAUUUCAUGGUGCUGUUUUUUUCGCAUGCUAUAAGUGCUGUAAAUCCAUGCAUUUACAUGAUGUUCAACAAAGACUACCGUAACGGAGUCAAGCGCCUGUCAUCUUGCGCUAGGAGAUCAAAUGCACUGUAUCCUGAAAACAACACUGGAACUGAUGUUAAUUCUCAAACAGGCGUACGCGAACACCACGAGAUGACCACGUUAUUUUCUCGUGGCCCCAGAAGUGGAAUCCGAGACGUAAUGCAGAAAAGAAAACCAACAAGUGAUGCUAUUACAGGGAAAGCUUACGUGGUAAAUUACAAUCAUGGGUUCGCAGAAUGAGGGAUUUGUAGCUUACUGAAGAUUCUUAUCAACUGAUUUACCCGAGGAAUACAAUGCUUACAUCUGCAAGAGGAAAUUUCUUACGGAUAAGCUUUACCUCAUAGUAUCUAACUGAAUAUAUGCGAGUAAAGUAUUUAUAAUGUUGUAUCAAAAAGUUGAAAGGAGUGCAUUGAAUUGCAUGUAUAUUAUAAACAGUAAUCAAAUGAUUUUGCUCAUGCAAUUUGGGAAUAAAUAAGCAUUCCUCCGUCUGUCUGGUACACUUUUCAAAGACGUCAUAUUGCAAAACUGUAAAAUUGACCCAGAUUAAAACAUCGCACCCAAAUACGAAUAUGAAAUCACUAAGCACAACAACUAACUAACGUGGAAAAUAUUCCUCUUAUAUACGCGUUAUUGAAAGCCUUCGCUAACGUUAUUUCAAACAAAGACAACUUAUAUAUUGCACAGAAGUUGUCUUUUGCAGUUUUAUUCCAAGCCCCAAAACAAGUAAUAUAUAUUUAAGUUUUAAAUGAGAGAAAAAGAAUUUAAACUUAGCAUAGAGAAUUCCUUACUCAGAACGAGAGGUACAUUAUUUACCGAUCCAGAGAACAGUAGCUGAGAGGGUCAACUUAUCUGUACAGGAGACCAUUACUUUAGGAGUGUAAACAUAUUUAUGCGACAUAAUAUCAUCUGCCUUUAAAAUCAUGA